AUGGGUCGUUCUGAGGCCAGGCAGUUGCUCGAAAAACACAACGUGCUUGUCCGUUUACUUACAAGACUUGUUGACGCAUUCGAAACCAAUUCCGAUGAACUUCCCAGCUCCACUUACCCUUCACAUCUACCUCAAUCGGACCAAGAUGAAGGUGAAUCGUCCGAUAGAAGGGCAACAAUUGCGAAUUUAUUGGUUGGAGUUUUCGGUGUAGAUCCGUCGUAUGUCGCCCGCACCACCAGUUUUUUAUUUCCGCUUUCUGGUGAAAACCUGACGGAGGAAGCUGUUCCCACACCCAAUCCACCCCGCAUACUCGUGUGGCCUGCUGGCAAUACACUUGGACGAUCGAGAUUUCAUCCGUUUGAGCGGCUAUUCAACGUGAUUACUGAUGUGGCUUACAUACUCGGUAGUCUAACCAAUAUGCGUCCACUGUAUGGUGACUCGGUUCUACCUCAGGGCUGGUGGAAUUUGGCAGCUCGAAGCUCGUAUCUGCAUUAUAUCCGUCUACUUCUCACCUUGCUCAGCUACGUUCAGGUCCAAUUCUUGGCCACCUUAAAUUUUACCAGCAACCUGACCUGCAUUGCGAGUUUGGCAGCUAUUGGUGAAGUUCGCUUCACUGUCUUUCGCUGUACGAUGAUGAUGGUGAUGUACCUGGUGGACAAAUUUGGUGCGCUCGGGCGGAUUAUUGCUGUUGGAUCCCUAAUUCGAAUAUCGAUCCCUAAGGAUUCUAUCGUACGUGCCGGACCAGCUUGUUGA